AUGGCGACCUCUCUUGCGGCUCAGUUGUCGCAGAUUGCGGCCAAAUCGACACACCAGCUCGAUCUCAAGAAGCAGCGCAUCUCGCAUUCGCAGUCGCUGAUCUUUGACCGCAAGGUCGCUUCUACACAAGACUUUGAUACAAUCUACGACAUUUGCCAUGAUGGAUUCUUGGAACUUUGUUCGCUCGAUAGCCGUUUCGAAGAGUUUGAGCGAUCCAUUUUCAGUGAGCAAAGCAAGGCGGAGGACCGCACAGAGCUCAAUAGCUCUCAAAACCAAGAGCUCGAUGCUGUCAUUGAAUCUUUCCUGGCUUUGGUAGGAGGGCGGCUUCAACUAAGCCCUGCGGUUAAAGCAGUGGACUGGCUUGUCCGACGUUUUCGUGUUCACGAGUACAACACGGCGUGCAUCCUACUCACAUUCCUUCCUUACCAUACGACCCCUCUAUUCCUGAACCUUCUCUCCAUCCUCCCGAAUGAUCUGACGCCAACAUUCAAAGUGCUUUACCCAUAUAAGACAGGCCUCAUUAAUCCGCCACGGCAUCCGAUCGUUCACAGUGCUACUACGAACAAGGCAUUCUUUGCUGCAUUAAACGAAUAUGUCCUAAAGGCCUGUCAGCAGAAUGCGCAAAGCCACGCAUUGCUCUCUUUUUGGGCCAGCGUCGUCACCGAGGCUGUAGCUGGUAUGCUCGACAGUGCUCGUGCAGGUCGGCGAGAAGCUGAAAAGCAAAAGCAUGAAGACAUUCUGAUCCGCGUACUACCUCUUCUGAGCCGCGCAUUCUCGCUCAAGCAAGUCUCGGAGCUGAUUGUCAGCUGCUACAUGAUUUCAGUUGUUCUGGCCCAAAAAGCAUCGCUGACGGAUUCUGUUUUGGAUGGUCUGAUGGAAAGUGUUGUUAGCUCAUGGUCUGAGGAAACAUUGAGCUCUGCAAUGAUCUGUCUGUCAAUACUUGCAGGGCAAAAGGCGUCCGCCACUUUGCCAAGGAAAGUCUUCAAAGCUGUAUUACGCCUCGAACAGCCACUGAAGCAGUUGUCUGAGACUUCUACUCAGUGCCCGACGUCCAAGCUACUGCUGGGACUCGUCACAGGAUGCGUCAGCAAUCUCGAUAAGCAGAAAGAUGUCACACGACUUUCUCUCUUGUCUUCAAUUAUCGAGAGUAGCAUACUCGAAGCUGAAGAUCUGAGAGCGGCCAUGGCUAUUGUGCUGAAAGCAGCCAGCGACUCUGACGACACGCGCGGAAUGUCUCUUGAGAUACAAACCCGGCUUGCAGAAAUUGUUCAGGAUUUCAGCCAAUCGACUUCAUUGCAGCCAGAAUUCAAGAGGGUGCUUGCAGAGUCAUCCUUGAAUGUCAACGCGAUUGAGCACAACUUGCAAACAGUCGUCGACACACCGGUCCCAGCAGCUGCCAUCGAGGAUGUGGACAUGGAAGAUGUGGAACAUACGUUGGAAAAGUUCUCCCCCGCGUUGGAUUCAUUGAAAAACGAGACAUUGUAUCCAUCGUCCUUCCUUGGCAAGUCCUCUAUUCCUGAGUUUGACAACCUCGUUCAAGUCUUUGCGUUGGCGGUCGAUUCCGACGUGAAGACCGAACAAUUCACCAGUUUACCAAUUCUUGGCAAGAAACACGCCACCAAGGAACCUCAAUUCAUUUCUUUCUUCGUCCGCGUCUUUUCCGGCCCUUACCCUAUCGGGACCAAGGUUGCGGCACUUGAUGUCUUGUCAUCCGUUCUUUCAUCUCCUGCGAACGAUUUCGAUCCCCAGGCGCUGCUGCCAUCAUUGGUUGUUGGUCUGGCAGAUCCCUCAGAGCGCAUCCGUCGUGAGACUGCCGGAGUCAUGGCUCGCAUGUGCUCUUUCUACAAAACAAACCACAAGCUUGAUGCGGUUCGCCCGUGGGGUUCGUCCUCCAUCUACGGGAGUCCAAAGACAUCUGCAGGCGUACAAUGGCUUGCUCCAUCCGACGUGCAAAAAGUGCUCGAGUCUGCCAUCCUUCCUUUCCUCGAGGAGUAUACUCUUGACUCGAUGUAUAUUAUGAAGGUCAUUGAUGCCACCCUUCGUGGAGUAUCUCUUUCGGAGAACUCCGGAGCUCAGGAACUCAAGAAAUCACUGCGGACUAGUCUUUUUACCUUCCUUUGUUCGCAUGUCACCCACAUGCCGAUUCUGGCGCCCAAGUUCACCCUUUUGCGCAUCCUCAAUAAUGUCAAGAAGGUUCCAGGAACCAGUCACGCCAAGGAACUUUCGCCGUUACUUGAACAGUGGCGAAACUUCAGUCAGUCGGAGGUCGAUGACCUUUGCCAGAAAGAGCGCCUUUCAACCGUUGACUGCGAGCGAGAAGUGGUAGCCAUUGUUGGCCCUCGUGAUGAUAAUCCAUUUGACAUGCUUCUCUCUUGCGUGGCCCCGCGUUCGAGCUCUCUCAGAGCCUCUUUCAUCAGUGCGGUGUUUGAACGAAUGAAAGAAAUCUGGUCAAAGACGACUGAGCAGAGUCAAUUGACAGCCUCACAAAAACUCCUAGAUAUCGCACUCGGAGCGGCCGCCGUCGAGUCUACACUGGCUGAUUACUGCCGUGAUAUCCUGCGCGCCGUGGAGUUGUCUGGGACAAUUCUGGUCAACUUUGUGCGCAAGAUUCCUGCCUCGUUGACUGAUAUCGAAAGUAUGGGCCCCGCGCCGAAACGGCGACGAACAAGCCAAACAAACAUGGUUGCUAUGACCGUUAAGGAUGAAGCAGAGCUUAGCAAACUUAUGGAUAAGAUGACUUUUAUUCUUGAGGUGAUUGACAACUCGAAUCCUGGCUCUCAUCCUGAACUGGCGGAUGGUCUAUUUCAAACGUUGGCGGCAUUGCACCAUUUCAAAUCGCAGAUUCAAUCCGGCAUGAGCUACCUUUUGAGUUUGACGCUAGGCAGUCUCUUGGCUAUUGUCAACAACUCCAAGGCAUCCUCAAAGCCUUUGUUCGACACUUCUACCAUUCGUGCCGAUCUUGUUGUUGACUGCGUCCGAACCACGGACAGUCCACAGGUUCAGAACGCCGCUCUCUUGCUUGUGGCGGGUCUUUCAGUCAUCGCCCCCGAGCUCGUCCUCCACAGCGUGAUGCCUAUAUUCACAUUUAUGGGCUCAAGCGUUCUGCGCAAAGAUGACGACUACUCCGUCGCCGUCAUUGACCAGACUAUUGAUCAGGUUGUUCCGGCUCUCAUUCAGUCUCUUCGCAACCAGAAGCGUGAUAUCGUCUCAGGUACCUCUGAGCUUUUGCUCAGCUUCACAGCUGCCUUCGAACAUAUCCCUUCCCACCGCCGACUGCGGCUCUUCCAUGCUCUGAUUACUAAGCUUGGCACGCAAGACUUCUUGUUCGCUGUGUUGGCAAUGCUGGCCAACCGCUACGCCCUUGAUAAGGAUGUUCUCACCCUGAUGACCGGUGUGGCCUCGGACACAACACCUGUCGUUGAGCUUACUACUUACAGCAAGUAUCUCAAUUUGGUCAUUGAUUCCUUGAAGCCAAAGCCAGGGAUUUCCAAGGUUCUUCUCGGCAUUGGAAGUGACGAUGGCCGUGAGCCACAGAAGGUGGCGGUUGAUCUACUCCGAGAUCUUGCUCACUUGCUCAAGCAUUCUACCUUAAAGGCAAAGCUGGAAGCUGCAUUUGAGACCGAGAAUGAGGUGGCCGAUCAGGUCCGAGCUUGUUUCUCUCGGGUGUUGGAACAAGUUCUUGGACUCGGGGAACUGGUGCAAAGCAUGAAGCCCGUCAGCCACGCCUGUGGUGAAGUCCUGGGAUCUCUGUUCGGUACAUUGUCGCUUGUGGACUUCCUUGACACCAUUGAGGUGCUUCUUCAAGGACCCAACGAUGACCUUCGACGCAAGGUCCUUCGAUUGCUCGAAACCCGUCUUCGUCAGAAUCCCGAGCGAGACAACGAGUCUCAAAUCCGUGUGCUUGACUUUUUGCCCACGCUGGUUACCAUCGUCCAGUCCUCGCCUGACAAGCUCCUCAAACACGCUGCUGUUGCUUGUAUCGACCGUAUUACUGAGAAAUAUGGUCGGAAAGACCCCUCGAAGGUUAUCCCAGCUGCUCAGGUUGUUGCAAGCUCGUCCUGCAUCGGUCAAGAUGAUGAGCGCAUUCGCAUCAUGGGUGUUCUGUGCCUUGCUUCCAUGGCAGAGGUACUUGGUGAGGCUAUGAUUCCAGCUCUUCCUGACGCAAUGAAGCGUUCUCUGGAACUUCUGGAAUCGAGUCUGGCUCCCAACAACGAGAACUCCCGUCUACAUGACGCUGUAUUCUCUCUGUUCUCCGCACUGCUCGUCAAUAUCCCGUUCAUGCUCUCACCGUCCCAUCUCGACCAGAUUCUCCGCCUCGCUUUCAAAUCUUCCGAGGCAGAUCUUGAGGACACCUCCGAUGAGACUCGAAUGGAGACUCUGCGGCUUCUGGCAUCACGCAAGAUGGACCUGUCGACCAGUCUCGGGGCAAUUUCUCGCAACUGGCACCAUGCUGUUGAGACUGGCCCCAUUGCCGUCAACGAGAUUCUUGAAGUGCUUUCGCUUGCGAUCGAAAAGAACCCCAAGUCGGCAGUCGCCAAGAAUGUGAAUCUUCUGUCCAAGAUCCUCUUUGACGCUUUCGACUUGCGUCGCGAGCAGGUCAGCCUUGGUGAUGCAUCCGAUUUCGAUGCCUCUGAUCUUGAUGAGGCCGAGACGGCCCUCAACGACGUCACUAUCAAGAUGAUCUACAAGCUCAACGACAGCACAUUCCGUCCACUGUUUAUCAAGCUCGUUGAGUGGGCCACGUCUGGCGUGUCCAAGAAGGAUGAGCAGGGCCAAAUCUCUCGACUCACUACGUUCUAUGGCUUCCUCCAGGUCUUCUUUGGCACUCUACAGUCCAUUGUCACUGGCUACUCCAAUUAUAUUUUGGAGAACGUUGUCGAGGUCCUGGGCAAGGCCGGGCCUGCCAAGGCCACCAAGGCCCUUUGGCUGGCUGCUUUGCGGACACUGCGCAAUUCUUUCGAGCAUGACCAAGAUGAAUUCUGGCAAUCUCCAUCACACCUGGCCAGUAUUUCUGGACCUCUUAUUUCACAACUUACACACGCCACCACAUCCAAGACUGCAGCUCUCGUUGCCGAAGAGGUUGUUCCCGCUAUCACAGAGUUGGCUGUUGCCGCCGACUCAACGGACAACUACAAAGAGCUCAACAUGGCCCUGAUGAAGUAUCUUCGUCCUUCUACGGCCUCCACCUCCCGAUCGUCUGGUGGCGAUAAUGCUUUCACUCGCCUUGCCGCUUUGAAGGCCGAGCAGGCCCUCACGGAGCAACUCGGCGAGGAAUGGCUCGCCCUACUCCCCGAGAUGCUGCCUUAUAUCAGUGAACUCAUGGAGGACGAGGAUGAGAGUGUUGAGCGCGAGGUGCGCAAGUGGGUGAAGCAGAUUGAGGGUGUGCUUGGAGAGCGACUUGAUGAUAUGUUGACAUAG